UACCUAGUCUCUCCUUCAUUAUUCCACUAUUCCGAGUAUCGGCACCAUCGACCAUCGACCAUCGACCUCGACUAUCCUAGAAGCCUGUGUGCUACUUCGAAUUAUCGACCAGCCUAUUAUUAGCUAUACCUAAUUCUAUUGGGACCUUCUGUUUGGACCUUCCCCCCGGCCAUGUUGUCGAGAUGAAGUCCCUCCAGCAAUAUUGGCCACAGCGAGUUUUCGCCUUUCUUCCUACACGGAGACCUAGACAAGCCCUUAUUCUUGUCACUGCCCUCUUUCUCAGUGCGGUAUUUGUUUGCUUCGGCCUGCAACUUCGCGAAGGACCCAACUGGACAUCCCUACGACCAUGGGCAGAUGAUGUCGGCACCGUAGAGGCCGCGGCACCUCCCGUCUUGGGUGGCCACGCCACAGGAAGCCCGACCCCCUCCAGUCUCCCCAGACUCCACAUCAUUAUCCCCUCGUCCAAGACCGACGUCCGCCUUUGCAAGAACCUGCUUUCUCAGACCAUCCUCGGCUACCCUCGCCCCAACCUGGUGUUCUGGGACCAGACAUUCGACAACCCGAACAACCACCGCUUCCUAGGCGGUGGUUCCCAUCUGGGGAAGAUCAACAGCACGCUACAUUGGCUCGAGAACCCAUCCAACCAGCAGUACGAGGACGACAUGGUCAUCAUGAUCGACGCCUAUGACAUCUGGUUUCAGCUCCCGCCCGAGACCCUCUUCGCGCGUUACUACGAGAUGAUCGCCUCGGAGAACGCCCGGGUGGCCCACCGCAUGGGCCGCGCCUUCGACGCCGAGGGCAUCUCCACCAAGGUCAUCUUCUCCGCCAGCAAGCGCUGCGGGCCCAACGAUAUCCACAGCGUCGCCUGCUACCCUAUCCCGGAAUCACCGCUGCCCAAGGAUAUCUACGGCAACAUUACCGAUGUGAUGAACGUCAAACCCGAAUCGCACGCCGGCCUGCGCCAGCGUCACCUCGUUUCCGGCUUCAUCAUGGGACCGUUCCGUGACAUGCGUGCCGUCUUUGCGCGCGCCAACGAACGCAUGAACACCUGCCUGGCUGGCAAGAUGAAGGAGCAGAAAUUCGUGCGAGCCUGGUGCCACCGGGGCAGCGACCAGAGCUUCUUCAACGAAAUGUUCGGCGAGCAGGAGUACCACCGCGAGGUCAUGCGCCGCCGCCACCACACCUGGCUCGACAACUUUCUAGACCAGUUCAUCCCCAACCGCGCCGGCGCCCCGCGGAAACCCCUCAAGAUCGAGAAGAACCUCGUCGACGACCCGCUGAACCCGAGCUUCCCGCACCAGCCCAUGCACGACCCGGACUACAACCCAGCCAAGCCCUACGAGUUCGGCAUCAUGGUCGACCACUUCUCCCAGAUGUCGCACCAGACCUCCAACGCCCUCCACGAUUCCGCCUACGUCGUCCACUCGAAUCCGCUCGCCCCGCAGCUGGAACACCAGUCCCACGGCAUGCAGCCCGUCUGCCGUCCCAUCGCCCCCAUGCCCACCGACAUCCCCAGCGCCGGCGUGCUCGACCUCCUCCCCGAGGGCGACCGGCCACGCUGGGAGGACAUGCCGCUGUACAGCGAGAUCUGCGCCGGCGUGGUCCCCGUCAUCGCCCACCACAACUGGUACAAGAAGUGGCCCAUCGAGAAGCUCUGGGCCGACAACUGGUGGACGGGCCGCGCCCGCGCCUUGUUCGAGGCCCGGCGGAACAUGGGCGACCGCAAGCUCGUGGGUGGCGCCGACACGGACACCGGGCUCUCUCUCAGCUGGGAGGACCUCUGUCCGGCUGAGUGGGAUGCGGAACUAUUCCCGAGUCCGAAUGGUGCCCAGGAGGCCCAGGCGGCCGCAGGGGUUGAGGCGACGGUGGGUGAGAAGAAGGAAUCCAGAGGCUUGGAUUCAGUAUGAGGUAACGGUCGACAUGUUUAUUUCUCUUCUUCCUUUUAUUUUUAUUUUUCUUAACGAGCCUGGAGAUUAUAUUGGGAUACGACGACACGGUUGGGUGCGUCAUGAGAGGGGAAAACACACCAUGAACGAAACGUUCCUGGCAUAUACGGAUAUUCUGCCGCCCCUUUUUAGCACAUUUUCUCUAGAUAUGUAUUUUCUUUUUCUUCUUUCUUCUUUUUUUUAUAUUCUAAUUCUUGUUUUUUUUUUUUUUUUUCGUCUUCUCUUUUCCCCCUUUUUAUACUCACUUUUUCAGCGGGCUCUACCUUAAAAUCCAUCGGGAUGGUCUGCUGCCAAUCUCGUUCUUCGAUCUAUU